CCAAACAGAUGCAUCAUUUUAUUGUUCUCCCAAGUGAUUGCAUCAAGCUAGAGAUGCUCUCUUAGGAAGGGCACACAGCAUCCCGGCAUGGGCACUUUGCAGUCUGCCUGAGGGGUUCCUGCUUUCUUGUCUGAAAUUUGGUGGUGGAAGGAAGUUUUUGGUAGACUUGUUUACUUAAAAUAUUGAAAAGUUCCCUACUGAUGCCUGAAAUGGAUCCUAGUCUUGAUAUAUGAAUUAAGUCAGAUCUUUAUAACCGAAACAUGUCUGACCAUUUCCUACUGGACCAACACAUGGAACAUCUAGAGAAACUUGGCAGGAGAAAUGACGUCUGAUUUACAGCUCUCACGCUCUGAGAAAAUCAUCAGACUCGUUGAAAAGGGGAAUUCAAAUACUGAGGAAAAUGCUUUUCUCUCUCAGCAACUUAACAAAUGACUCUAAAAUGUUGAAAGUAAGUCAUAAUUCUACGGACCUUGUGAAUUCGCCAGCACCUCUGACUCUUUCUCUUUUUUGCCUGAUCUGUUUAAUGACUCUCGCAGCUCUGGUGGGCAGCGUUUUCUCACUGGUUUCCCUGCUGACCAUGCAAACCAGAACUGUUUUGUCCAUGCUUGUGGCGUCCUGGUCUGUGGAUGAUCUUUUAAGUGUCUUGUCAGUGGCCAUCUUCCUGGUUUUGCAGUGGCCAAAAGAGGCCCCUGGCUACUUCCAGUCUCUGUGCACCACCUCUGCCUUACUGUAUUUGUGCCAGGGCCUCUCCAGCAACUUGAAGGCGACUCUUAUAGUAGUCUACAACUUUUACACGAUGCACAGGACGGUGGCGAGUCAGUCAACUUCCUGGAGAUCAGGACAGGUGCUUGGUGUGGCAUUAACCGUGUGGGCAGUCAGCCUGCUCCUGGCCGUUCUCCCGCUGUGCGGCUGGGGUGUCUUUGUGCGCACUCCUUGGGGCUGCCUGACCGACUGCUCCGGUCCCUAUGUGCUGCUCCUCUUCGCGGUGUACGCUUCUGCCUUCGGACUCCUGGCCGUUCUCUCUGUCCCGCUCACUCACCAGCUGUUGUGUUCAGAGGAGCCACGGAGACUCCACGCCAACUACCAGGAAAUUUCCCUUGGCGCCUCCACUCCUGGGACGCCUGCUGCUGGGGGAAGAGUGCUCUGUCGGUCUCCAGAGGAUGUUACGAUACCUGCUCUGCGAGGCGCUGGGGGAAGCUCUCCGAGCUCCAACACGGUGUUUGCCCAGUGUCAGCCUGCUGCCUCCAGCGCUGGUGCCGGCAGUCGAGAGACUCUCCAGGGCACCAGCAGCUUCCCUGUGAGCCUGGCACAGAAGCGCUUCGCUUUGAUUCUAGCUAUGACGAAAGUCAUCCUUUGGCUUCCCAUGAUGAUCCACAUGUUGGUAAAACACGUGGUGGGACUUCAGAGCCUUCCGGUCGACAUGCUCAGCUUCCUACUAACCUUGCUGGCCAGCACUGUAACCCCCGUGUUUGUCAUGUCCAAACGCUGGACACACUUGCCUUGUGGCUGCAUCAUCAACUGCCAUCCUGACGCCUACUCGACCGCAUACGAUGGGAAAAAGUUGAAGAGGAAAGGCUUUGAAUUCAAUAUAUCGUUCCAACAAAGCUAUGGAAUUUAUAAAAUAGCACAUGCAGAUUACUAUGAUGAUGAUGAUGAAAAUUCAAUAUCCUAUCACAACCCAAAGAACUACGAGUGUGAAGCUACAAAGGCGCCUCCAGAAGACAACCACAAGGUCUUCAAUGCUAUAACAGUCGAAAUCAGCACCACACCACCGCUGGACAGCACCACACUGCAGGGCGUCAACAAGUGCACCAAUACAGACACCCCAGAGGCCAAACAGGAGCUAAGGGAGGAAAGGGGUGUUUUUUCUGUUAAAACAGAAGGCAAUAUUAACUGUGGAGAAACCACCUCUUUUGAAGGUCCAGAAAGACGGCUGUCCCAUGAGGAGAGUCAGAAACCGGAUCUUUCAGACUGGGAGUGGUGCCGGAGCAAGUCAGAACGAACACCUCGCCAGCGUUCCGGCGGUGGGCUGGCUAUUCCCUUAUGCGCAUUCCAGGGGACCGUGUCUCUCCAAGCACCUACUGGGAAAACCCUCUCUCUUUCUACUUACGAGGUCAGUGCAGAAGGCCAAAAGAUAACUCCAGCCUCUAAGAAGAUAGAAGUCUACCGGUCGAAAAGUGUCGGCCAUGAACCGAACCCGGAGGAGUCUCCCUCCACGUUUGCGGACACUAGCGUGAAAAUACACUUGGAGGUCCUUGAAAUUUGUGACAACGAUGAGGCUCUGGACACCGUGUCAAUCAUCAGCAACAUCAGCCAGUCCUCCACCAAAGUCAGGUCUCCUUCUCUGCGCUACUCACGGAAAGAAAACAGAUUCGUCUCCUGUGACUUAGGAGAAACCGCCUCGUACUCGCUCUUCUUACCCACGAGUGAUCCUGAUGGUGACAUCAACAUCUCCAUCCCGGACACCGUGGAGGCACACAGACAGAACAGCAGGCGGCAGCAUCAGGAGAGGGAUGGCUACCAGGAAGAGAUCCAACUGUUAAACAAAGCCUACCAGAAAAGGGAGGCUGAGAGCAAGAGUAAUUAGGGAGUGUAGGGAGUGCUGGUC